AUGUCAACCUUGCGGUUGCUCCUGGCAUGUCUGGUUCUUUUCGUAGGCGCUCGAUCGGCAUCGGCUGCGACAAGGAGAUCUUCCGAAAAGCCCAACUUUGUGUACAUCAUUGUCGAUGAUCAGGACUUUUCCACGGCCAGCCCGCAGAUCAUGCCUAGGCUGACCGAGAGGAUUGCCUCCCAAGGUACCAACUUCACACACUUCUAUACCCCCAUGUCUAUCUGCUGCCCUUCGAGGGUGGGAUUCCUCCGAGGCCAGCAUGGUCAUUCGCACAACGUGACCAACGUGGCCCUGCCAUACGGCGGCUGGACUCGAUUCGUGGCCCAGGGAUACCGUCGGGAUUAUCUUCCUACCUGGCUUCAAGAGGCCGGCUACAACACCUACUACACGGGCAAGCUUAUGAAUGGAAACACGGUCAAGAAUUGGCAGGCGAGCCCUGUCCUUGGCUUCAAUCGAAGCGCGAUUCUCAACGAUCCAUUCACGUACGUCUACAACACUGCAUCUUUCGCGAUUGACGGGAAGCAGCUGGUGCAGUACGAGGGUCAAUACAGCACCGACGUUGUCCGCGACUUCGGUCUGCAGUAUCUGGAAGAGGCCGCAUCUUCAGGCCAGCCUUUCUUUGUUGGCAUUGCACCAAUUGGUCCCCACGCGGAGACAACGUUCAUCAAUGGCUCGGCGAUCUUUUCGAAUCCAGUCCCUGCAAAGCGACACAAAGACUUGUUUGCUACCGAGGUUGCGCCGCGAAAGAGCUCGUUCAACGCAGACGAUCCUUCCGGAGCUGGCUUCGUCCGAGAUCUUCCGCAUCUGAACAGCUCGGUGGUCGACUACCUUGACGAGUGGUACCGCGACCGCUUGCGCUCUUUGCAAGCUGUCGACGAGCUGGUCGGUGCAGUGAUGGACAAGGCAGAGCAGCUCGGCAUCCUCGACAAUACCUACUUUAUCUACUCGUCAGACAACGGCUACUCUGUCGGGGAGCAUCGACGUCAGCCGGGAAAGACCACGGGCUACGAAGAAGACAUCCGACAAGACGCCGUUUACAGCAACAUCGAUCUGACGGCCAGCAUUGUGGAAAAGGCCCAAGCGCAGCCGAGCUACGAUCUUGAUGGCCGCGUCAUGGCCUGGGCGGAGGACAAGACCAGCUUCCGCAAGUCCGGUACCGCCACGCAUCACCUGAGCGAGUUCUGGGUCUCGCAGACGGACGGCGAGGGCAGGUACUCGGGCGAAGGUCCGGUCAUCUUAAAGUACAGAACCCUUCGCGUCAAGGACGGCGAGCACGACCUUUCCUACACCGUCUGGUGUACUGGAGAGCGAGAGCUCUACAACAUGGCCAAGGACUCGGACCAGAUGAACAAUCUUGUCGGGCAGCUGGCUUUCUACAGCAGCCUCAACAGCACGAGCAGCGACGCCGAAAGGAUUGCAUCGCGCAUGGAUGCCCUUCUCCUCAAUCUCAAGACGUGCCACGGCAGUCUCUGUCGGCGCUUGUGGUACAACCUCUUCCCCGAAGGACAGGUGCAAGAUCUGAGCAGCGCACUGCAGACCCGCUGGGAUGCCUACUUUGACUCGAUGCCCCGAGUACACUUUGACACCUGCCGGGACGGAUACUUUCCCACGGAGGAGCUGCCAGCCUGGCGCAACGAGCUUGUCUACGUAGACCCGGCUCUUCUGGCUUAG